GCCCGCCUGCCUGGCUGCGGGGUGACCCGGGGCUUCGCCUUAGGAAGGGGGAGAGGGAAGCAGUUAGACGGCGGCGGGGCGGCGGCUGCGGCGCGGCACCCAAUAUUUAUUUAAUUGCCCAACUACCACCGAUGAAGAUAUGUUGGAGUGACUGCUGAGAUUGCCUUUUUGUUUUUAACCAGAGGACAGUUCAUUUGUUUCACUUCUUUUUGCUUUCUUUACUGCUAUGAGCUUUACUGUAACGGCCGAAAAACUUGGAAAAUAAAAUGAACAUGCUGUAGUCUUGAACAUAAUUUUUUAAAGGAAAACUUAAAAGUGCCAGAGUGAAAAGCCAGAAUGGCAUCCAGAGAGAGGCUCUUUGAACUUUGGAUGCUUUAUUGUACAAAGAAAGAUCCAGAUUACCUGAAGCUAUGGUUGGACACUUUUGUUUCUAGCUAUGAACAAUUUUUAGACGUUGACUUUGAAAAGCUGCCUACCAGGGUAGAUGAUAUGCCUCCAGGAAUAUCGCUGCUUCCUGAUAAUAUUCUGCAGGUUCUGAGGAUCCAGCUGCUACAGUGUGUUCAGAAAAUGGCAGAUGGUUUAGAGGAACAACAGCAAGCCUUGUCAAUUUUGCUUGUCAAGUUCUUCAUUAUUCUUUGCAGAAAUCUGUCAAAUGUGGAAGAAAUUGGGACUUGCUCGUACAUUAAUUAUGUCAUCACCAUGACAACGCUCUAUAUUCAGCAAUUAAAAAGCAAAAAAAAAGAGAAGGAAAUGGCCGAUCAGACAUCUGUUGAAGAAUUUGUGAUCCAUGCAUUGGCAUUUUGUGAAAGCUUAUAUGAUCCAUAUCGGAAUUGGAGACAUAGAAUUUCAGGACGAAUCCUUAGUACUGUGGAAAAGAGCAGACAGAAAUAUAAACCAGCUUCUCUCACAGUGGAAUUCGUCCCUUUCUUUUAUCAAUGUUUUCAGGAAAGUGAACAUCUCAAGGAAAGUCUUAAAUGUUGCUUAUUGCAUCUUUUUGGAGCCAUUGUAGCCGGUGGGCAGAGGAAUGCUUUGCAAGCAAUUUCUCCAGCCACUAUGGAAGUUCUUAUGCGAGUUUUGGCAGAUUGUGAUUCCUGGGAGGAUGGAGAUCCUGAAGAAGUGGGUAGGAAGGCAGAACUAACUCUAAAGUGCCUUACGGAAGUGGUACAUAUCCUUCUCAGUAGCAAUUCUGAUCAGCGUCAAGUGGAAACCAGUACUAUUCUGGAGAACUAUUUUAAAUUGCUAAAUUCAGAUCAUUCAGCUUUACCUAAUCAAAGAAGGUCCAGACAGUGGGAAAACCGAUUUAUUUCUCUACAGAUGAAAAUGCUGAAUACCAUCACAGCCAUGUUAGAUUGUACAGAUAGGCCUGUUCUUCAGGCCAUUUUUCUUAACAGCAAUUGCUUUGAACAUCUCAUACGACUGCUACAGAACUGCAAGCUGUUUUUAAAUGCUAACAAUAAGGUGGCAGACAAGAACGAGAAAGACCUUGCCAACAAAUUACUGACAGAAAUGAAUGAGGACCAGGUGUUUCAGGGACAAUUGGAUUGUUUGGCCAUAUCAACCAUUCAGGCUUUGACAGCAGUAAUGAACAAAUCUCCAGCUGCUAAGGAAGUAUUUAAAGAAAGAAUUGGUUAUACACAUAUGUUUGAAGUAUUAAAAUCCCUGGGUCAGCCACCACUGGAAUUACUUAAAGAGCUUAUGAAUAUGGCUGUAGAGGGUGACCACACUUCAGUUGGGAUUUUGGGCAUUAGUAAUGUCCAACCUCUCUUGCUUCUUAUCCAGUGGCUUCCAGAACUACAAUCCCAUGACCUGCAAAUCUUCAUCUCUGAUUGGCUGAAAAGAAUUUGUUGUAUUAAUAGACAGAGUCGAACUACUUGUGUCAAUGCAAACAUGGGGAUUAGAAUCAUUGAAACCCUUGACUCGCAUUCUUCCCUCCAUCAAACUUGUGCUGAGAACUUGAUUGCAAUCCAUGGUUCCUUGGGGAGUCAGUCAGUGAGCUCAGAAGAAAUCCGUCGACUACUAAGAUUGCUUAGAGUGGAUGAAUCUGAGUCUGUUCACCCUUAUGUCACUCCUGUGACUCGAGCAAUCCUGACAAUGGCUCGAAAACUAAGUCUAGAGAGUGCCCUCCAAUAUUUUGAUUUGUCACAUAGUAUGGCAGGAAUUUCUGUGCCUCUCAUACAGAAAUGGCCGGGGUCCGCCUUUUCUUUCAGUGCUUGGUUUUGCUUAGAUCAGGAUCAAUUGACUCUUGGCAUUGCUAACAAAGGAGGGAAAAGGAAACAAUUGUACAGUUUUUUUACAGGAAGUGGCAUGGGUUUUGAAGCCUUUAUUACCCAUUCAGGGAUGUUGGUCGUGGCAGUGUGCACAAAAAGAGAAUAUGCAACGGUUAUGCUUCCUGACCACAGUUUCUGUGAUUCCCUCUGGCACAACAUAACUAUUGUCCACAUGCCUGGAAAGAGGCCCUUUGGUCAGAGCUUCAUCUAUAUCUAUGACAAUGGACAACAGAAGGUUUCUGCCCCUCUCAGAUUUCCUGCCAUGAAUGAACCCUUUACUUCCUGUUGCAUCGGUUCAGCUGGACAAAGAACCACCACUCCUCCACCAUCCCAAAUCCCAGAUCCACCUUUCUCUUCUCCUAUUACCCCUCAUCGGACAUCAUUUGGUGGAAUUCUGUCAUCAGCUUCCUGGGGAGGAACAAUUGAAAAAUCAAAAUUGAUUACCAAAUUGAUAUCAGCUGGAACCCAAGACAGUGAAUGGGGGUGUCCCACAUCUCUGGAGGGUCAGCUAGGAUCUGUUAUCAUCUUCUAUGAAGCACUACAACCUCCUCAGGUGAAGGCGUUAUAUUUAGCAGGUCCAAAUUGUUUAAGCCCUUGGAAGUGUCAAGAGUCUGACAUGGCCGACCUGCCUGGUAACAUCCUUCUUUACUACACAGCAAAGGCCUGCAAAAAUUCAAUUUGUCUUGAUUUAUCUACUAAUUGUUUACAUGGAAGAUUAACAGGAAACAAAGUAGUGAACUGGGACAUUAAGGAUAUCAUAAACUGCAUAGGCGGGUUAAAUGUACUCUUUCCUUUAUUGGAACAAAUCAGCCACUUUAGUGAAGUACAGAUUCCUGAAGAAAAGAAUGAAAGCACCGUUCCUGAAUCAGUAACACCUGUUGAAGGAGAUUGGCUCAUAUUGACUUCCACAAAGGCCUCAGAGUCAAGACUAGAGAGAAACCUAGUUGCAACAUUUAUCUUGAUUGUGAAACAUUUUAUUCAGAGACAUCCUAUCAAUCAGGACAAUCUUAUUCACUCCCAUGGAGUUGCAACUCUUGGUGCUUUACUUCAGAAGGUGCCAAGCACCUUGAUGGAUGUUAAUGUAUUGAUGGCAGUUCAGUUACUAAUUGAACAAGUAUCAUUAGAGAAAAAUAUGCAGCUCCUGCAACAAAUGUAUCAGUAUUUACUCUUUGACUUUCGUAUUUGGAACCGUGGAGAUUUUCCCUUUCGAAUUGGUCACAUACAGUAUCUUUCAACCAUCAUUAAAGACAGCAGGAGAGUUUUCCGAAAGAAGUAUGGUGUGCAGUUUCUCCUAGAUACACUUAGGAUUUAUUAUGGGAAUGGUUGUAAAUAUAAUGAACUAUCUCUAGAUGAUAUUCGAACAAUAAGGACUUCUUUGUAUGGACUAAUUAAAUAUUUUCUGUGCAAAGGUGGAUCUCAUGAAGAGAUACAAAGUAUUAUGGGGUACAUAGCUGCUACUAAUGAAGAAGAACAGCUCUUUGGAAUUUUGGAUGUACUCUUCAGUCUCCUACGUACCAGCCCAACUAGAGGUCAGCUUUUCUUACUGCUUUUUGAACCAGGAAAUGCUGACAUACUGUAUGCAUUGCUCUUAAAUCAGAAGUACUCUGACAGACUAAGAGAAAUCAUUUUUAAGAUUAUGGAACAAAUGUUGAAAUGCACGAAUGUUUAUGAGCGUAGUAAACAACAUAUUCGACUCAGAGAAGUUGGCUACUCAGGACUGGGACUCCUUCUUAAUGAAGCACUUAUUAAUACUUCUCUUAUUAAAAACCUCACCCAUCAAAUCAUAAAUACAGAUCCUGUUAUUAAUUUUAAAGAUCUACUAUCUGUGGUAUAUAUAUCUCACAAAGCACAUAUAAAUGUUAGAGUGGCCAUCUGCAGAAAGGUUUUACACAUUUUGCAGUCCCAGCCAGAUGCAGCACAUCAAAUAUCACAACAAGUUGGUUGGCAAGACACCUUAGUUAGGCUUCUUUUAAAAGCAAAAUUUGAAAACGGAAAUACUCUUCAUAAGCACAGUAGGACUAUUUUAAUGAAAGACAAUGAUAAAAAUAUGUCAACUGAAGAUACUAAGAAGAACUUUGAUGAAAAAACAGAUGAGGAAAAAAUCACCUCUUUUGCCUCAGUUGAUGUGUCUUCAGAUCAGUGGAGUUUGGAGGAUAGACACUCUUUAGACUCAAACAUACCAUUAUUUCCAGAAGAUAGCUCUGUGGGAGAAUUGUCUUUCAAAUCAGAGAAUCAAGAAGAAUUCUGGCAUAGGAACCCUUCACAUUUGAGUUUAGACCUCGGUGGAAUUGACUCAUGUGAAAUGAGUGAUAGUGGAAGUCAAGUGCCAGACAGUCUGCCUAGCACACCAUCCCCAGUAGAGUCUACUAAAUCGUUUUCUGUGCACUCUGACAAAGAAAGCAGCAUCACAAAUGAUAUUGGCUUUAGUGAUGACUUCUCUUUACUUGAAAGCCAAGAGAGAUGUGAGGAGGAGCUUCUUCAAUUACUGACACAUAUUUUGAAUUACAUAAUGUGUAAGGGACUAGAGAAGUCUGAUGAUGAUACGUGGAUUGAACGAGGACAAGUGUUUUCAGCACUGAGUAAACCAGGAAUAUCCAGUGAACUACUUCGACCAUCAGAUGAAAUAAAACUAACUUUGCUCCAAAAGAUGUUAGAAUGGGCAAUCUCAGAAAACAGAGAAGCAAAAACUAAUCCAGUAACUGCUGAAAAUGCCUUCCGACUAAUGCUGAUCAUACAGGACUUUCUUCAGUCAGAGGGACUAGUUAAUUCAAACAUGUGGACUGAGAAGCUUUUAGAGGAUAUGAUGCUGCUCUUUGACUGUCUGUCAGUCUGCUAUUCUGAAAGUCCAGUAUGGGUAAAACUCUCUCAAAUUCAGAUCCAGUUGCUUCUAGGAUUCAUUGGAAGGGGUAAUUUGCAGGUUUGUGCAAUGGCAUCAGCUAAGCUAAAUACCCUUCUUCAGACCAAAGUGAUUGAAAAUCAGGAUGAAGCGUGUUACAUUUUAGGGAAGCUGGAACAUGUUCUAAGUCAAUCAAUCAAAGAACAGACUGAAAUCUACUCGUUUCUGAUUCCCCUUGUUCGUACCCUGGUUUCCAAAAUUUAUGAGCUUCUCUUCAUGAACUUGCACCUCCCUUCUUUACCUUUUACCAAUGGUAGCUCCUCAUUUUUUGAAGAUUUUCAAGAAUAUUGUAAUUCAAAUGAAUGGCAAGUUUACAUUGAAAAAUAUAUUGUACCUUAUAUGAAGCAGUAUGAAACUCAUACAUUUUAUGAUGGUCAUGAGAACAUGGCACUUUAUUGGAAGGAUUGUUAUGAAGCUUUAAUGGUAAAUAUGCAUAAACGAGACCGGGAAGGAGGGGAAAGCAAGCUCAAAUUUCAGGAACUGUUUGUGGAGCCAUUUAAUCGAAAAGCACGCCAAGAGAACCUCAGGUAUAAUAAUACGCUUAAGCAACUUAGCAGUCAACAGUUAGCCACUCUUAGACGCUGGAAAGCAAUACAGCUCUAUCUUACAUGUGAAAGGGGACCUUGGGCUAAAAGGAAACAGAAUCCAAUUCAUUGGAAGCUAGCUAAUGUAGAGAAUUAUUCCCGCAUGAGACUUAAGCUGGUACCGAAUUAUAAUUUCAAAACCCAUGAGGAAGCUAGUGCCUUGAGAGAUAAUCUGGGUAUCCAACACUCACAGCCUUCCAGUGAUACAUUGCUUUUGGAAGCAGUGAAACAAGUAAAAGUUAGUGAUAUGGAGGAGGAUAAAUUAGACCUUCCUGAAGAGGAUAUAUCAGCUAGAGUAAAUGUUGAUGAGAAGGAAGAACAGGAUCAAAAAGAAAAAUUGGUAUUGAUGGAAGACUGUGAACUCAUUACAAUAAUUGAUGUAAUUCCUGGCAGAUUAGAAAUCACUACUCAACACAUUUACUUCUAUGAUGGCAGCAUUGAAAAAGAAGAUGGAGUAGGUUUUGAUUUCAAGUGGCCUCAUUCUCAAAUUCGAGAGAUUCACCUCCGGCGUUACAACUUAAGAAGAUCAGCCCUUGAGAUUUUUCAUGUUGACCAAUCCAACUACUUUCUCAAUUUCAAAAAAGAGGUUAGAAACAAAAUAUAUAGCAGACUAUUGUCACUUCAUUCUCCAAAUAGUUAUUAUGGAAGCAGAUCACCACAGGAGUUAUUCAAAGCAUCAGGAUUGACACAGAAAUGGGUAAACAGAGAGAUAUCAAAUUUUGACUACCUCAUUCAAAUAAAUACAAUGGCAGGACGAACCUAUAAUGACCUUGCACAGUAUCCUGUGUUUCCCUGGAUUUUACAAGAUUAUACUUCAGAAGAAUUGGACCUUAAUAACCCUGCAGUAUUUCGAGAUCUUUCCAAACCAAUUGGGGUAGUUAAUGAAAAAAAUGCCAAAGCUAUGCGAGAAAAAUAUGAAAAUUUUGAGGAUCCUAUGGGAACUAUUGAUAAGUUUCACUAUGGUACUCACUAUUCAAAUUCUGCGGGGGUCAUGCACUAUCUUAUUCGUGUAGAACCAUUCACCACUCUCCACAUCCAACUUCAGAGUGGAAGGUUUGACUGUGCAGAUCGACAGUUCCAUUCUAUUCCUGCAACCUGGCAAGCUCUCAUGGAUAAUCCAUAUGAUGUGAAAGAACUUAUUCCUGAAUUCUUCUAUUUCCCAGAGUUUUUGGAAAAUCAAAAUCAAUUUAACUUGGGUCGUCUACAAGUUUCCAGAGAAUUAGUAAAUGAUGUCAUUCUCCCCAAAUGGGCUAAAUCAGCUGAAGAUUUCAUCUAUAAACAUAGGAAAGCUUUGGAGUCUGAAUAUGUUUCAGCUCAUCUUCAUGAAUGGAUAGAUCUGAUCUUUGGCUAUAAACAGAGGGGACCAGCUGCAGUAGAGGCACUCAACGUUUUCUAUUAUUGUAGUUAUGAAGGAGCUGUGGAUCUGGAUUCCUUAACAGAUGAGAAAGAAAGAAAAGCCUUAGAAGGGAUGAUUAAUAAUUUUGGGCAAACACCUUGUCAAUUAUUAAAGGAACCACACCCUCCAAGAUUAUCAGCAGAAGAAGCAGUGCAGAAGCCGACCAAAAUAGACACUUCAACCCUAAACCUGUUUCAACACCUUCCUGAACUCAAGUCAUUUUUUAUAGAGGGGAUUAGUGAUGGUAUUCCACUAUUAAAGGCCACCGUCCCCAAAAAUCAGUAUCGUUCUUUUAUGUCUCAAGGCAGCCCUGAGUUACUGAUAACAAUAAGCAUGAAUUCUGUUAUUGGAACCCAUGGAUGGUUGCCUUAUGACAGAAACAUUUCUAAUUACUUUACAUUCAUCAAGGAUCAAACUGUGACAAAUCCAAAAACUCAACGCAGUAUGAAUGGUCCUUUUGCUCCCGGGCUAGAAGUCACUUCUAAGCUAUUUGUAGUAUCACAUGAUGCAAAGUUGCUCUUCAGCGCUGGAUACUGGGAUAAUAGCAUUCAAGUGAUGUCACUUACAAAAGGCAAAAUUAUCUCACACAUCAUCCGGCAUAUGGAUAUUGUGACUUGCUUAGCUACAGAUUACUGUGGAAUACAUUUGAUUUCUGGUUCCAGAGAUACUACAUGUAUGAUAUGGCAAAUAACACAACAGGGAGGUGUUCCUAUGGGCUUAGCAUCUAAACCUUUUCAGAUUCUUUAUGGACACACCGAUGAGGUAUUGAGUGUCGGCAUCAGCACUGAGCUAGACAUGGCAGUGUCGGGAUCAAGGGAUGGAACGGUGAUUAUACAUACCAUUCAGAAAGGUCAGUACAUGAGGACUUUACGACCACCUUGUGAAAGUUCUCUGUUCCUGACCAUUCCUAAUUUGGCUAUAUCUUGGGAAGGACAUAUUGUUAUCUACUCCAGCAUUGAAGAAAAGACCACCCUCAAGGAUAAGAAUGCAUUACAUCUGUUUUCUAUAAAUGGCAAGUAUCUAGGGUCUCAAAUCCUGAAGGAACGAGUAUCAGAUAUAUGUAUAAUUGGAGAACACAUUGUCACAGGCAGCUUACAAGGAUUCCUGUCUAUAAGAGAUCUCCACAGUUUGAAUCUCAGCAUCAACCCAUUAGCCAUGCGACUGCCUAUCCAUUGUGUUUAUGUAACCAAAGAAUGCAGCCAUAUUCUUGUAGGUUUAGAAGACGGCAAAUUGAUUGUAGUGGGUGUUGGCAAGCCUGCUGAGAUGCGUUCAGGUCAGCUUUCUCGAAAAUUGUGGGGAUCAAGCAAGCGGCUCAGCCAGAUUUCAGCUGGAGAAACUGAAUAUAAUACUCAAGAUUCCAAGUGACUGUUACUUCAUUUUUCUGUUACGGUUACUGAAACCUGAUUUAUUGCUUUGUCGCUUUAACCACAUCUCUCAACUCUCUGCAAUGUUGCAAGGCUUUUAUCCCUGAAAAUCAUUUACAGAUAACCACAAUUUGCUGUGGUAUAUAAACUAAUUAUUGGUCUAUACUAAGAUGUAUUUGAGAAAAUACAUUUGAUUUGAUUUAGUGGCCCAUUCCUAAAGGUCAUUGUAUCCAUUUUUAAAACAAACCUAAAAUGAGAAAAUUAGGUUUAAUUUGUUUGUUAUUCCAAAUGAUAAAAUUUAAGAUUUUUCUAAUAAAAGAGUACAGAUAAUGGGACAGUUGAGAGAGAUGGCUUUAAAUACAUUCUUAAGUAAUCAUUUUCCUAUUUACUGACCACUGUAAUGAAAACAUAUCAAUUUAUUUGUGGAACUCCUGAUUGGGGAUAAUAUUUUAAAGGUAUCUGUUGCACACUUGGAUUUUCAAAACUCAGUAAAAGUUACAGGUUUGCAUGGUGAGACUAAAAUAAGAAUAUUGAAACUGGUACAUUAGCUAAUUCUACUACUACUAGCAUGUUACUAAUGAGAAGUUACUGAAUUCUAUUAUUGUCCUUAAAUAAUAAAAAUUGAGUAGAAAAAAGUGGAACUAGAGAUAUAUUUUACAGAUGUAUUUCCUUAAUGAUAUAAUUAAGCAAAAGUGCUAAUUGUGAUUUUGACAGUUGGGUCUUUUAAGUAGCAUUUGCAACACAAUUUACAUUUGCAAAGUUCAAAAUUUCUUGACUCUUUCUUCACCAAGCAAAUAAUACCCAAAUAUGUUGAAUUUUCACUUAGAAUAUCUGUGUGAUUGAUGAAUGAAUUGAAAAGAUAUGCAUAACUUAAAAUAAUCAUUUAUAUAUAGUAAUUUAAAAUUUUCUAUUUCAUGUUUUAUGAUUAUAGCUAAUUUUAUUAUGUAAUGUUAAAUGUUAAGUUGUGCUUGAUUAUUAAGAUCUUAAAGUAAAAGUCUGAUUAAUUUGGAAUUCAAAGACAUUGUUAAACUUAGAUUUUUUGUAAGGUUAUCUUUUGAGUUGGGUCAGAGAGCUUUUACAACUACCAGUGUUAAUAAUCUGAGAUUUCAUGUGUUUGGGAGAACUUGUGAAUCCCUCUGAAACUGUGCAGAGAUUUUGUAUGUUAAAUGCAUUUUCAGGAAGGAAUGGUUACAUGGCUUUCUUUAAAGGGAUCUGUGACCAGUAAUAAUAAUAUUUUUUGUUCCACAAAUCAUAGAUGUCCUUAUAUCCAACUGUCUUCUCAGUUGAAUUUUAAGAGAAAUUUUUCCUUUGCAAUUUCGCUUUCCUGUUGACCACAGUAUCCAGUGCCCUUUUCUUUAUAAUCUUUUGAGUGAGUAAAAAAAUUUAAGAAAUAAAGGAUUCUGUUUAGGGAAACUUUUGAGUAGAUUUGAUUUGAUUUGAGUCAGGGCUAAUAAAAAGCUAUAGAAGAAUUUUCUUUCCAAUAAGUAAAAAUCCUCUGUUUUAUUAAGGAAAAAAUACCUAUGUUUUAGGUAAAAAAAAAAACUCUGAAAUAAACUGGUACAACAAUUUUAAAAUAGAA